AUGGCUGUUUGGAUACUGAAAGUAGCCAUCAUAGCUCACUAUGCUGCUCUAGGGAUUUACAUCUUUGACUGUUCUAGUGCCAUUGAUGGUGCAGGUGAUCAAUUUAUGGAGACAAUAUGUUUGUUGGUAAAGUCAUUUGAGGAGGAGAUCAAAGGAAGAAAAAUUGAACAUUCUACGGGAACACAGGAAAAAUGCCGUCCAACAUCAACUACCAAUUAUCCGUACUCAUCUACCUUUCCACAACUAAUGCUUGCCCUGCUCUUACGGAUCCUUCAUUUUAUACACAUGGCUUGGAUGGAUCGGUCUGAGUGUUAUGAUCUGCCAGAAAUUAUUUGGAGAGCUAGGCUCAUUAGUACCAACGAGAUAUCCAGUUUUCUGAAGGAGAAUAAUACUUUACCUGCCAAUGAUGGAGUCGAUGUUCGUAGGAUGAAUGCUAUUGGAACAUGGUUACGUGAAAUUCGAGAAACUGGGUAUAAUAUCAUAGGCUUGUGCGCGUCUGUUGAAAGAUCAAUGUUUGGAUUGGACUGUUCUCUUUUCAUCGAUACUCUUGCAAUGGAUAUAAGCUUCAUGGAUUUUGAUCAUGUGGGGAAACUCAUACAGCUCACCUUCAUUCCAUUAGUCAGUUGUUGCCCUCGAGGAUGUUGGGACAAAUGGGUGGUGUUGUUGUUGGAACCUUUAUUUUUCUACUGUGACGAUACCUUUGGUUAUGCGUGGCUCAGUCUUAUACAUGAGGGACGAGCUGAAGUACCAGCUUACUUUGGCAAUCUCUAUGGACCGGAAGAAAAAGUCAAGAAAUUAGAAGUGGAGCUGUUGCUUAAAUUCACUCGUUCUGUAUCUUGUUUGCUCGGGGUUUUAGCAUCAGAAGAACUUAAUAGUGGCCUUCCGCAGUUGAAUUGCCCAAAGUCUGACUUGAAAUCCAUAUCUUCCAGCUCCCUUUUAGGGUAUAUUUUACUUCACAAUUGCUUUUGGAGGUUUAGUAUGUACUUGUUCGGGUAUUUGGUGGAUUAUCAAGCAGCUAAGGAAGCACUACCCUUUUGUCAUGCAUUGAUCCGCCUUGCCGUUGCUACUGAUGACGAGAGACUGAAACAGUUUAUUCUUGAUGAAAUGCUUCCGACUCUUGUCCGGUUUGAUGAUAGGAGUCCUCAAAGUGGAAUCUCACGGUUAAGAUCGGAGUUAAGUUCAAGCAUAGAAAUGACUUCUAUGGAUGAUGUUGUUUGUCUUUGUCGGGAAAUAUAUGAAGUUUACUUGCACAAUUAG